GGCUGUUUGAACCGAAUCCCCGCCAAAAGGAGGUCCGUCGCAAAACACACAGGAGCCCAGGCUGGGCAAACCCGAGCCCAGAUACUAGUACUUUGGAGCUACUGAGUCGCGAUACCUGCCGUCUUUACGGGAUUCUACGACGUUUCUCGCAUUUGAGCUGAGGCUAACCAGCCCGGGAAGCAAGCAUGGAGGACGGGGACGACGUGGACGCCAAGAGGGCUUCGUUCUCCCAUGUUGGGAUGACAGAGGAACGUCAGUCUGCAGAGGAGAUGGAUGAAAAGCGACAACAGGCCAUGGCGUAUGAAUAUCUCUGUCAUCUACAAGAGGCAAAACAAUGGAUGGAGGCGUGUAUCCGGGAGGAGCUGCCCGCCACCACGGAGCUGGAGGAGGGUCUGAUGAACGGAGUCAUCCUGGGCAAGCUCGCUCACUUCUUCGCUGCAGACAUCGUACCCAUCAAGAAGCUGUAUGACAUUGACCAGAGCAGAUAUUGUCUGAGGAUGAUGCUGCAUUGCAUGCUGCCAUCAUCGCUAUCAACGAUGCCAUUGAGAAACAGGUUUCUGCCGACACGUUGACCGCUCUACAAAAUCCAGCUGCUCGGAUGAAGCAGGUCCAGGACCACCUGGCGGACAGCUACCAGGAACAGCUCUACACCAUGAAGACAGCCAAGGAGGAAAAGGCAGCAGCCCAGAGAAGUGCAAAUAUGAAUGUGGCCGAGAGAGAAGAGGUGAAUGAAGCAGACCAGGAUGUAUACGACCGUUUGCUGACACAGGCUGAGAUACAGGGGAAUGUCAACCAGGUCAACCGUGAUGAGGCCAUCAAGGCCAUCAACAUGGCGAUAGACAGCGGCUCUACGACAGAACUGAUGUCAGCGCUGAAACGUGCGGACGCACAGCUCCCGCCGGUGGAGGAGCAUGGAACUCAGCUGUACCUGGCAGGACUCACCAAUCUCAAGAACAAGAAGGAUGGGGAGGGGCUGGUGUACGAGGAGCUGAAUGGAGCUGUUGAGGUUCUGUCAGCAAUCUCUGGUAUCAACAGAGCAGUGGAGGCCGGGGACACCAGGGUCAUACUGACGGCACUAACCAAUCCCAAGGCUCGGGUCACAGGUGUAGAGGAACAUCUCGUGGAUCGCUACACAGAGAAACUGAAUAAAGCAAAAGGGGCAAAGACUGUGCCUGGCAGCAAGGCUGCUAUGGGGACUGAUUAUCUGAACCCAGCUGAUGUGCAGUCCUGUGUGGAUCACGUCAACCAAGAAGUGCAGGAAGAACAUGACAGAAUUGAGGCCAUUGCAACCAUCAAUGAUGCCAUAGAGGCAGGAGAUGCUGAGACCACGCUGGCAGCACUGCAGAUCCCUGCAGCUAAGCUGGCUGAUGUGGAGCCUCGGCAGGCUGCACACUACCAGACUCUCCUCAUGCAGGGCAAACAGGCAAAGGCUGAGGAGACAAACGAUGACUCAGCAGUGCUGUGGUUGGAGGAGAUACAAGAAGGAGUCAACACUGCCAACAGACAAGCCGUGGAGGCUGAGAAAUUGGCUGUUGGCAUCGCCAGUAUCAACCUGGCCAUCGAUGACGCUGAUCCAGCCAAGACCCUGGAGGCGCUGAAGAACCCUGACGUCUUCCUGCACCGCGUCCUGCCGGAGUGUGCGGAACCGUACCAGGCCAGUCUGGAGCAGGCAAAGGCUGCCAAACUAGAGCAGGGGGAUGACUCCGGCAGUUCCUGGGUGGAACACAAGACCAGGCAGGGCCACAGCUACUACUUCAACCUGGAGACCAUGGAGUCCUCCUGGCUCCCACCAGAAGGCUUUAGCAGCAGCAGAACACACCUGUCCAGGGAGGAGAUACAGGCUGCCCUAAAUGAUGUGACAAAUGCACACGACCGUCAGGAGGAGUUUGAAACCCAUGAGGAUGACAUCAUCAAGCUCCAGGCGUACACGAGGGGGAUGUUGGCUCGUAGACGCUACAAGGAGAGGCUAGACUACUUCCACCAACAGCUGCCUGCUGUAGUCAAAAUACAGUCCAAUUACAGAGGAUACCAACAGAGGAAGAAGUACCAGGACAGGUUAAGUGUUCUGCAUGGAAAUCCUUGGGCCAUUGUCAAGAUCCAGGCAUAUGCAAAAAUGUGGCGGGCCAGAAGGCAGUACAGACAACGUCUUCAGUACUUCAAUGAGAAUGUUGCCUCUGUGGUGAAACUUCAGGCCUUCUUCAGAUCCAACAUGGCCAGGCAUGACUACCACCUGCUCACACACUCCGACAACCCUCCCCUGUCUGUGGUGCGUAAGUUUGUUCACCUGUUAGACCCUAACGAUGUGGACUACAACGAGGAACUUGAGGUGCAGAAGCUGCGAGGACAGGUUGUACAGGACAUCCGAGCCAACCAGGAACUGGAGAACAACCUCAACCUCAUGGACAUCAAGAUUGGUCUGCUAGUCAAGAACAGGAUCACUCUACAGGAUGUUAUCACCCAUGGGAAGAAGCUGAAGAAGAGACAGCAGUCCACGUCAGGUGGAACCACCAUGCACGAGAAGGGAGGGCUGAAGGCACUACACAAGGACAGCCGACAUAAGCUGGAGAUGUACCAGAACCUGUUCUACCUGCUACAGACCAAUCCUGUGUACCUUGCCAAGUUGAUCUUUGAGAUGCCGACAGGCCGGACCACCAAGUUCAUGGAGUCAGUGAUCCUGAGUCUGUACAACUAUGCUGCCAAUGCUCGGGAGGAGUACCUUCUCCUCAAGCUCUUCAAGACAGCACUUCAGGAGGAGAUAAACAAAACUAUUAACAAGGUAGACAAGAUGAUGGAGAUAGUGACUGGGAACCCCAUGGUCAUCAAAAUGGUCGUCACCUUCAACAGGGGCACCAGAGGUCAGAGUUCACUGCGGGAAAUCAUCCAGCCGUUGGUGCUGACCAUCAUCAAGGAUAAGGAAAUGAGGAUCAACUCCAACCCUAUUGAAGUCUACAAGAUCUGGGUCAACACCAUGGAAUCCAAGACUGGAGAAACAAGCAAGUUGCCAUAUGACGUGACAACAGAGCAGGCCUUGCAGCACCCUGAAGUCAGGGAGAGGUUGGAAGCUUCCAUCUCACAACUGCGUAAUGUGACGGACAAGUUCCUCAACACAAUCACCUCUUCAGCGGAGAAGAUACCGUAUGGGAUGAGGUUCAUGGCCAAGGUGCUGAAGGAUUCGUUGCAUGAGAAGUUUCCUGAUGCCACAGAGGCAGAGGUGUUGAAGAUCGUAGGCAACCUACUUUAUUACCGGUACAUGAACCCAGCGAUUGUGGCUCCAGACGGGUUUGAUAUCAUUGAUGUCAAUGCUGGAGUCGGCCUGUCACCAGACCAGCGGCGAAACCUCGGGUCCAUCGCCAAGUUGCUACAGUUUGCAGCAUCCAACAAAAUUUUUGAUGGAGAGAAUGCCCAUCUGUCUUCGCUCAAUGACUAUGUUUCACAAGCUCACGAGAAAUUCAAGAAAUUCUUUGCUGCAGCCUGUGAUGUUCCAGAGCUGGAGGAAAAGUUCAACAUAGAUGAGUACUCAGACUUCACCAUGCUGAACAAACCUGUUGUCUACAUGUCCAUCAAGGAGAUCUGUGACACUCACAAGUUGCUGAUUGACCACCAGGAUGCGCUCGCCCCUGAACGCCAAGACCCGCUACAUGAACUCCUGGACGACCUUGGAGAAGCACCCAAACUGGAGGACCUUAUUGGUGACAUCCCGCUGGAUGAAAAGGACCCUAACCUGGAGGUGGAGCGGGACAAGCUGGCUAAAACAGAAGUCUCCCUCACCCUCACCAACAAGUUUGAAGUGCCAGAAGGGGAUGAUACAGACAUGAAAGCACUCUACACAAGAACCAAGCGGCUGAUCGUGGACGUGAUCCGGGUGCAGCCAGGCGAUAACCUGACGGACAUCCUGAGCACGCCCACCACGCUGGACCAGGAGGACGAGCACCAGAGGCUGGUCAAGAAACGAGAGGCGCAGGACGAGAAGUCGCAGAAGAAGGGCGGUCUGAGCAGGUCACAGUCCGCUCAUGGGGACAACAAGCUUCCAGUGGAGGCCAUGAAGAGAAAAGUGCUGCGACACCUGCGUGCCCUGGAGGGUGUUGGGCUGGUGUCCAGUACAGACAACUACCAGGUCAUGAUCAACGAUAUUGCCAAGGACAUCCGUAACCAGCGGCGAUACCGUAUCCGUCGGAGACAGGAGCUCCUGAAGCUGAAGGAAACGACCAAGGCCCUGGAGUCCAAGAGUCAGUUCUACGAGGAACAGAUCGAUUAUUACAACCAGUACAUCAAGACGUGUCUGGAUAACCUGGCCAAAAAGAGUCAGCACUCAGGUACACUAAGGAAACGAAGGAGCAAGUUCCUCCAGGGAGGGAAGGAGGAUAAACCCAAGAAGGCCAAGCCUCCCCUGAAGUACACCGGAGCACGGCUGCAUGAGAAGGGUGUCAUCCUGGAGAUCGAUGGUCUCCCUCCCAACCAGUUCAAGAACGUUCUGUUUGAGAUCCAGGAAACAGAGGACGCUGGCAAGUUUGAGGUGUCGGCCAAGUUCAUGGGCGUGGCCAUGGAGAAGGUGGACUUGAACCUGCAGGAUCUUUUACAACUGCAGUACGAGGGUGUGUCCGUCAUGAACAUGUUCGACAAAGCCAAGGUCAACGUCAACCUCCUCAUCUUCCUGCUCAACAGGAAAUUCUAUGGGAAAUAGUCAACCUUCAAGGUUAAAGUUACUCAGAACCCACCAUUUGGGUGUUAUUAGAGGUGCUUAAUAUAGAAUAUACCUCUGACACAAUACGUAAAACUUGGAGGCGCUGGAACCAACUGUCAGAAACGCUAACAUAUGAUGGGCUAACUGCCACCAUUGUGGGCCUUUGCUUUUUUAAUGGAGAAAUUUAGUUUGUCUUUCCUUGUUUUUCCUGAAAAGCUCCUUAGUUUUUGUCAAGUGUCUUAGAUCAAAUAUGUUAACUUGCAUAGGUUAGGCAGAAAGACACAAGGUACUGGGCACUGAGAUGUGCUCACUUCGUCAACUCAAACGGCACUUUAAAAGUUUUGCAUCAUAGUAUUCUAUAUUGAUGGUCUGAUUUUAUGUUAAUUAUGAGAUAUUUUUGUGGCUUCUAUUUUGUAUCUACAGACUGGUAAGUAAAUUGAAUUAGACAUUGUUUCUGCAGGGUAGGGUGAGUUAGAUACUGACUGCUCAUAGUUAAGGAUAUCGGUGUGUUUAUGAGAUGGCAUGCUGUAAAAGAUAAAUACAUGUAGUCUGGCACCUCUACUCAAAGUAUGCUCAAGUUUCUUCAGGCAUCUGAACCGUGCUCUUUUGGCAAGGUACCCAUUUGAACAGUUGACUGACAAACAUGCCACAAGCAUCAUUCUAGGUGGUGCUUUCUUAAGGUUUAUCUGGAGGAUUGGUUUGAUCUUAGAGAAGUAGGUUCACUUGAGUUUUCUAUCAUGAGUCUUUCUCUACAUGUAAACAUUGUUCACCUCAAAUCAGACUAACAAGGCAAUCAAUAAGUCCCUAUAAUAACUCAAGGUGUUCAAUGAUAAAUUUAAACUGGCUAUAAUAUCUGCACUCCAGUCCUGUAGCUGAUCACAAGCGAGAGUCCUCUGACAAGUUUGCAUUCACUUUCCAACAGAAGGCUACUAUUUCAAUUACCCCUGACUUUCACAGUUAGGUGUUGUGUUGAUAAGUGCUAUUCCAAACAUCCCAAGGGAAAACAUUUUUAAUAGCUGAUGGUGUCAAAGUUUUAUUAACCUGAUGUCAAUAUUUAUUGGCCUUGGUCUUUACCUUCAUGGAGGAAAAAAGUUUCUACAUUUUUGUACUUUUGUCUUUCAUGGUACCUUGGAAACAACUUGCAAAUUUGUUAGAGAAACCUUGCCAUCAAGUGGAGGUUCGUUAUCCAGUCCCUGCAGCUGUACUACAGCUUGAUAUGACAAGACCUGAUAACAGAUGUGUCUCUUCUCUACUAAGUACCUGUAUAUGACCUUAUACCACUUACUGUAUCUAUAGCUACAUGUUAAUUUCAUAAUUGAGCCUAACAAUCAGUACUACAGUAGAUUUUCACUACUAAAAUGUGUUGUAUAGUAAAAAUUUAUAUCUAUCUCUACUGUCUACAUCACAUCAAUCAUUUAAAAGACUACAUUGUUGUUUGUGUAACAACGUAAAGCUUAAGGGGUCGGGAGCAUUAGCUUACAAGUUGGGAAGGUAUACAUCUGACAGAAUUGUUAGCAUCUAAAAAUGUGUUCUACUAUUAAGAUCUCAAAAUCGUGCAGUCAUAUUGUGCGAUAUGCUCUGACAAGUGUGGUUUCCCUGUGUGCUGUUUAAUGUGUGUUUACAUACAUGUGCACACUGACAGGCACACAAACAAUUUUAUUGUUUGGACUUGCAUUUGCUGUUGUGCUAAGUUUGCUUUAUAUAAUGCUCAGUUUGGUGUUUUGAUUUGCUUUUGUACUUUGUGAAUCGGUCAACCCACCCAUUGCGCAGGCAACGUCUUCCUUUCUGAUAUCUACAUGUUUAUGUACAACGCAAUAGAUUGGGUAUGAAAGUGAGUGAUUAUGAUAAUAAGUUUGACCUUUCACCAAGCAGCCUUAGUAAUGAGCUCAGUCUACAAAUCUUGGUGAUAACUUGUAAUGUUUUUAUGAAAUAUAGAAAGACUUACCCCUAUUUAUGAGAUAUAUUUGAUGAUAUUGCUAGAGGCAAAGUUAAAGCUGUAGUUCUAAAUGCUAUGUACUUGACCCACUGAUUUGUGCUUUAGUGAACUUUGCAUGGAGAUAUUUUUAAAGAGCAUUAUGUUGACUUAUAUUUAGUUUUGAUACAGGUAAAAAGUAAAGUAUAUUGAAGAAAUUGUAUGGAGAUACAAUGUAUUACUAGUGCCAUAAGUACGGGUAGGUACAUUUGCUUUAGCUAUUGUCUGCUAUUGAUUUGGAGUUCUACUUGCUAAGAAGUGAAGAUACUGCUGAGAUAUUUUAGUGAUCAUCUUCUGUGACUUUCUGGCAUAUCUGUUGCCUUAUCUCUGUGUUUGCCUGCUACAGCAAUUUGUGUUAUGCUGUCAUCAGAACAUUCCUACAGACUUUUAUUACAUUCCCUUGUUGAAGCAGAAAAUCAAAUGUUUUCCAAGACUUCUGUAGCAUUCCUUUUCAUUUACAAACUGGAAACUAAUGCUUCAUACCAUGUUUACUCAAUUAUACAUUUUUAUUGGUAAAUGUAGAUGUUAGAAAGUACUUUAAACACCAACUUCACUUUACUACAUGUAACUGUAUCAAAUGACCAUUCAUCAACAGGUAAUUUGAUAUCUGGACUUUCAUUUUCUUUCUCAGUGACAACAAAGCCCUGUCACAAAGUUGUAUCUCUACAUGUUGUAGACAUGCAAUUUGGUACACUAUCUCUACAACCUUCUGUGCACAUGUGUGGAGAUGACGUUUUGUGUUGACUACAGACUACAGAGUGGCAGUUUUACACGUUAAUGGUUUGAUUUUCAACUGUCAGUCUACUUUUCUUAACUGUUCCCAGAUCUAGCUGUAUAUAGUAGGUUUUGACUACCGCUUGUAGUAUGAAAUGCUGCAUGGAAAGGAUGGACGCAAUAAAGCAUACCUUGAUUUUA